AUGAACUCCACGGAGACCAGCCUGGAUGUCAACCGGUCUACACCAAUCUAUACGAUCGGCACCAGCUUUAUAAUACAAUGGAAAAUGUUGAAGAUGAGACAGCGCCCGUGCCUUGCAACGGGUGAAUACCAGGAGUGCCAUGGCGAAUAUAUGAUCACCAAUAGUACCAACAUCACUGAUUUGUACUUCUUUAAUAACAGCUUUCCAAACAUUCUGACUACUAAUGGGGAACUGCAACCAGUUCUUCCUCCGUUUCCUCUGUGGCUGGCGGCCAUCUUUGCGACCUGCCUCGUCCUGGUCAUCUUGCUAACAGUCAGUGGGAACGUACUCGUACUCCUGGCCUUCCUGGUGGACAGGACGAUCCGACAGCCUAGUAAUUAUUUCAUAGCCUCACUUGCUGCUACGGAUCUGUUGAUUGGUACUCUGUCGCUGCCGUUCUACACAGACUACGUUUUAAAGGGGUAUUGGCAUUUAGGACCCUUGCUUUGCGACCUUUGGUUGUCUGUCGAUUACACUGUAUGUCUUGUCUCACAGUACACCGUUCUUCUGAUUACUGUAGACAGAUUCUGCAGCGUGAAAAUUGCGGCUAGAUAUAGAGCGUGGCGAACAAAAAAUCGAGUCAUCUGGAUGGUCACCGUGACAUGGAUUAUACCAGCUUUACUGUUCUUCACAACAAUAUUUGGUUGGGAACAUUUUGUUGGCUAUAGAGAUUUACAAGAAGGCGAAUGUGCUGUACAGUUUUUGAAAGAUCCGAUUUUUAAUACAGCUUUAAUCAUAGGUUAUUAUUGGACUACUCUCUUCGUAUUAAUUGUCUUAUAUGCUGGUAUAUUCAAAACAGCUUAUGAUAUGCAAAAAAAGAGUGAAGCUAAGCAACGGAAAAUGCAGUCAAUGGUAGCUUUAAGUGCUGGAGUAAUGCAAGGAAUGGCUGGCCGAGCUGCUGGCAUGGCAAACUUAUCUAAAGCCACAAUAUCUAGUGAGGAUCAAAUAAAAGUUUCUGAAACAGUCCGUAAAGAUUCUACUUCAAAAGGGUCGCUAGCUGCACCUUUACUUAAUUUAGGCGGUUCUACUGACUCAAAUUCCAGUCAAAAGUCUUCAGCUCAUAAAAGUAGUGCCACUGUCACUGGUACUUCAACUACAAAUGAAUCCGAAGGAGAUAAGAAAGAGGAUCAAGUAGAAGCUGAAAGAUCGAGCAGCCCUGCAUUUGAUUCAGAUGAAGAAAGCACUACACAGACAAAUGUUAAAAAACGACCUUCGGUGGCAAACUUAGUGAUGCAAACUGGUGCAAUGCAAUUGUUGAAUAACAUGCGUUUAAAUGGAGGUAUGAUGAUCAAAACAGAUGUAACGAAGCAGUCUCCAAUAUUGAAUCAUGAUACGGAUAAGCCAAAAACAUCGUUAUCACUGAUAUCAGAAAAGAGUUUGCUUGACACGGACAAUCCUGACACACAAAGUAACGAAAACACACAAGCACAAACAAUGGCUCAGUCUACGGCUAGUUUUAUGUCUCCUGUGUCAUCAGGCAUAGCCACUCCUUUAGAACACAGAGAAGUAACAACAACAAUUGCUCAAAGGAUUAUUCCACCACCUUCAGAAUUUCGUUGUAGUCCAGCUGUGUCUGAAAGUCCUCCAUCUCAAUCCGAAUCUUCUCGAACAAAAACUGUAAGACUUGUAAAAGGUGAUGGAACUUCUUACGAUGUUUUAGUGGGUAUGGAUGGUGCAGAUUUAAGGUAUAUGGAUGAAAGCUCAGUUAUUUUACCUUCUCCCACUUAUGAAAGUCCGCCUUCUUCUGUCACUUUUCCAACUGCAACUGAACCCUCGUCUCCACCAACUUUGAAUUCAGGUAACGUAACCAACACGUCCUUGUUGCAAGCUGCUUUAAUUAGAGCAACUGCCGAAGCUAAAGUAACACAACCCAAAACUAAUUUCUCCUCGCCACCUCCAGGCAAACUAAACACCGAAGUAAGUUUAACAUCUGGAGAACGUUCAAAACCAGUUAUUACUCUCGUAUCAUCGUCUUCCAAUAACAAUGAGCCUCAACCGCUAAAAGCAACGGAGACAAAAAUAUCUCCUCUAAAACUAAAUCCCGCUAUAAGUCCAGCCGUUGAAAACAGCGAAAUAUCAAGUACUGUAGUAACUGGGUCAGGCCGCGGUGAUUCUAAGAAAGAGUUUGUGAAGAACAUAGGAAAAAAAUUAAAAGUUAAACGUUCAAAGCGGGACGGCCUAUUCCAAAGUAUCGGACGACAGAAAUCUAAAUCAGAAAACCGAGCUAGAAAAGCUUUUAGAACUAUAUCUUUCAUAUUGGGUGCGUUCGUCGUUUGUUGGACUCCCUAUCACGUACUUGCAUUGGUAGAAGGUUUUUGUACAGAUCCACCGUGUAUUAACAAACAUUUGUAUAUGUUCUCGUACUUCCUAUGUUAUGCUAAUAGUCCGAUCAACCCUUUCUGCUACGCGUUGGCGAAUCAGCAAUUCAAGAAGACCUUCACGAGACUCCUCCGGGGUGAUUUUCACAUCACCUAG